UAGCUCUUUUCCUUCACACAUCUCAACCAACACAUAACUUCUUCUCUUUCCCUUCAUUCAUACUCAAUAUUCAUUCUUCUUUAACCUUCUACUCACUCAACAAUGGCUCGUUCCUUAGCUGUUAUGUUGCUUGCUGCAUUGCUGAUCAGCUCUACAAUGGCUCAGUCUCCGGCUUCUUCGCCGGCAUUGUCACCGUCCAACACUCCCGUUGCCACUCCACCGACCAACACUCCCGUUGCCACUCCACCGAGGAGAGCGUUGUCACCGGCUCUGUCUCCGUCUCCUGUCGCGGUUGCACCGUCGUCUGAUUCACCUGCCACCGGAACAUCUCCUCCUGCUCCACCUACGUCUCCUUCUGAGUCCCCAAAUGUCGCUCCCAUCCCUCCUCCCUCCUCAAUAUCGGGCCCACCGGCUGAAGCACCAGGACCAGCUACAAACGGUGCCGUUUUGAACAGACUCGCCAGAUCUGCUGUGGUCCUCGCCAUCGCUGCGGCUGUGCUCGUGUAGAAGAUAUUUUAUGCUGUUUUAUUGUUUAUCCUAUUAAUUUUUCUCAUUUUUUAGGAAUACCGAGUCUUGAACUCCAGUACUUCUUUCUUUUUGGUUUUUAGAGAUUGCUCUGGUGUCAUGGUGAUUCAUUCAUUUGAUUAUUUUGUACAUUUUAUUACUAUUUAUUAUUGUUAUUAUCCUUACAAUUUAUAAUAUACGCAGCUUUAUAGUUUAA